AUGCGCGACUCGGGUGUGGCAACCGCCACCACUUAUGUGGCACCUGUUGGGGGCCAUGUGCAUCCCAGUCUACAACGGUACAUGCCCGGGCAACUUCCAAAGCGGAUGAAACGGCUGUGUACCGGAGAAACAAACUUAAAAGUCCACAACCGAAUGCACAUGGAUUCAAUUCGAACUGAGAUAGCGCCUAUUUUACCGUCUUCAGAACACCUGCGACAAACCCUGCUGCCCUCUAUCACGGUACAGAGGGCCGCUGGAAGAAGCAAUGUAACGCCACGCGCUGGCCCGAAGGAAAAGCAACCUUCAGGCGUGAAUGAGUCUUCGGAGGCCAACAACAAGAAAAACGAGGCGGUUAUGGGCGUCUGGUGUAGACUUCCCCACGAGGACGAGGUUGUGGUAAGAUCACUCGUUGAGUCCAAUAACAAGGGGAAGCACAAUGCAUUUUCCAACGAAGCAUUUUACUUCGGCAGCCACCAUACAGGGGGUGCGGGCCAACUUGAAUACGCUCAUCAUAACAUGACGCACAACAACAACCACUCCGUCUCAGCAUGGAAACAGCGGCAGCACUACCAUCCGGAUAUUUGGCACACUAGAGCCCAACAACAUCCACCACCAAAAAAAGAAGCGAACACCACAGAAGAAAUGCAAAAACAUUCAAUCCACGGCACACAAAACGAUGAAAUACGCGGUGAAAGCACGCACUCUGUACACCCAAAAGAAAAAUGUGGAAACGUCGAAAAAGAAAUGACAAAAAAGGCGAUGGAUUACAAUGCUGCCAAAAAUAAAAAAUAUGAAAACCUUAGCUGGAUACAAAAAAGUACAACAUUCGACACUAGCAAAAUGACAGCGCCGAAGCUACGUUUCGAGCUAACUGAUUACCACAACACAAUGCCAAUAACACAAACAGCGCCAUCUACAUCUCAAUACAUCGAAGAAAGCAGAAGAUUCGAAACAAUAAACGGUAAACCACUUACAACAGACAACGACAAAAAGAACAUCAAAUACGCUCGAAGAAGAUACGACACCACCACCAAGCAUUAA